AUGAAUCGGUCGACAAUGAAACUUAUUGGGAAUAAAAAAAACAAUCGAAACUGCAUUGAAUUCAUGGAAUGGAGUAAUAAAAUGGACUUGAUUGCUUUAAUCAGUGAUACAGGUGAAGUAACAAUCAAUCGAUUUAAAUGGGACAUGCCAAUAAAGAUUCCACCACCAGAAGAAAAAACUUCUUGUAAAUAA